ACUAAAUGCAUGUUACUGUUCUGAUCCUGAACUAUUUGAACUGUUCUUCAGCUAAGAAGAUGCGAUGGUGCACAGUGUCGGAUCCUGAGCAGAGGAAGUGUGCAGAACUAGCUAAAGCUCUGGUGGCAGUGCUUCCUCCAGCUGCCGUGGCUGCUUUUGCUAGACUCUCCUGCAUACGAGCUUCAAGCACAGCUGACUGCAUCGACAGGAUCAAGGCCAAUCGUGCUGAUAUCGUGACUUUAGAUGCAGGGGAAGUUUAUUCUGCUGUGAAGCAGUUCGACCUUGUUGCCAUUGCCAAGGAGAUAUACAGUGACGGAGGCUGUAUUCUGUCUGUGGCUGUGGUGAGAAACAGCAGCUUGGACAUCCGGUCCCUGCAGGGCCUCAAGAGUUGUCACAGUGGGGUUCGAUGGACGGCUGGAUGGAGUCUUCCUCUCGGCUUCCUGCUGUCCAGAAACUACCUGAGUUGGUCAAAAGAGCAGCCACUAAGUCAGGAUGUUAGUACCUUUUUCAGUGCCAGCUGUGUUCCUGGAGCUGCUGCCAUGGCGCCUCCUCUGUGCUCUCUGUGCCAAGGCCAGAAGUCGUACAUUCGCCAGAAGAAUUACCACUGCGAAACGUCCCACAGUGAGCCUUUCUACAACAGCCAGGGAGCCCUCAGAUGCCUCAGGAGGGGGGCAGGAGAUGUUGCAUUUGUGGACCAUUUGGCCUUUGACAGCAUCGACGAGAGUGAGCGAGAUGAGUUCAGUUUACUGUGCACCGAUGGCACACAGGCUCCUCUCAGCCACUACAGACAGUGUAAUCUGGGACGUGGUCCAGGAGGAGGAAUGGUCACCAGACUCAAUUUUCGCAAGGUUGUUCGCAAAUUUCUAGCGACCGUGCAGCUGCUGUUUGGCCAACAAGGAAGAGAGAGGCGGCGCUUCCAACUUUUCAACUCCUCAUCUUUUGGAGAGAACGACCUUCUCUUCAAAGACGCCACAGAGAAACUGGUUGUUCUACCAGAUGACAUGGAUGUCAGUCAGGUGUUAGGGCUGGAUUAUGUUGCACUGCUCAAAGGUCUCGGGCAUGAAGGAAGCUCCUUGGAGGACAGUGUAGUACGAUGGUGCUGCAUCAGCCACGCAGAGCAGAAGAAAUGCGAGCAGUGGGCUCUCAGCAUAAAGUCAGACCCGCUGGUGUGCGUCAGAGCUGUAUCAAUGCGUGACUGUAUUGAGAAAAUUAAGAGGGACGAGGUGGAUGCUGUGUCACUGGACGCAACUCACUCAUUCAUUGCGGGGAAAUGUGGUCUUGUUCCUGUUGUGACAGAAUAUUAUGGAAGAAAAUGCGUCCCUGCUACAGGAUCGACUCACUUAGAGGCAGACGUCUUGCCCUCGGUAGCAGCUUUAGCUGUGGCAAAGCGCUCCAGCAGGAACAUUUUCAUUGGGAACCUGAGAGGCCGCCGCUCGUGUCACGGCCACAUGUACAGUCCUGCAGGCUGGUUGCUGCCGUACAGACACCAGUUAAGUCUGGAGCAAAACAGCAGCUCAGUCUGUGACCCAAACCAAGUGUACAAUGACGUGUUUUGGAAAGGCUGCCUUCCUGGAUCUCUGGGGAAUCUGUGCAAAGUGUGCAUGGGAGGCACAGGGGAGGCUGCGACCAAACGCUGUGCUGACAACCACAAUGAGCGUUACUAUGGCAACAUGGGGGCUUUAAGGUGCCUGGUUGGAGAUCCCAGUGGUAAAAGCUACGGUGAUGUGGCCUUCGUUGAGCAGCACAACCUUCAGGCCAACAUCCUCAGUCUGAGCUCCACCGGUUGGGCAGAGGGGUGGACAUCAUCGGACUUGGAGCUGCUGUGUGGUGACGGUCGUCGCGCCCCGUUGUCAGAGUGGGAGAGUUGUAAUCUAGGAGUCAUCCCACCCAACACCAUCAUGACACGGCCAGUGCUCACAGCACGAGUGUACGACUUCCUUAUGAAGUCACAGGAAACUUUGGCAGCCAACCCCAACCCUCAGUUUAACCUCUUUGAGUCUCAGCAAUAUGGAGAAAGUGAUCUGCUGUUUAAAGAUGGAACACAGUGUUUUGUCCACACAAGCCACAUGGACUACCGCUCCAUCCUUGGGGAGGAGUUUUACACUCAUGUAGAGGCUGUUUUCAACUGCACGCACUCUGAUAUCUUGGAGUUUUGUAAUCAGGAUGUGUGCAGCAUAUUCUAAUGGACACAGACAAAAGCAACGCUAAUUUUCUUUGUGCUUCUCAGUUGCUCAACUCUUCAUCCAAAUAUAUGGUCUGUUUACAUUUGAUGACAACAAUCCAUCACUGGUAUCAUCAUAUUUAUGCUAAAACUGUACUGAAUGAAUGAUUAGGCACUACAUGGUCCCUACUUUUGUGCAAUUUUGCAUCAUUCAGAUGUCAUCAUAUCUCAGAAUUACUUGUAAUCUUACACACUGUUUUGCAGCGCCAGUGUUUUCUUACCUUAAAACAAACAAUUGACAUUAUCUCAGCAAAGUGUCACACAAGGAGGCUGAGAUGAUGCCCAGCACUUUGUUCAGCACUGUAUCACACGAGGAUUACUACACCUCUGAAUAAAUAUGAAUGUAAACUCA